AUGAAUGACGGUACACUCGUCAUUCGUGGAGAGAAGGUUCCGUCGCGAAAUAUCCUGUCACCUCGUCUGUCCAUUCUUCGCCUCCGCCCUCUGCUUCAAAAACCCAUCAGCAUCAUCAACUGCUACUCACCAACAUCUGCAGCUGAUGAUCCCGAAUUGGACGCAUUUUACGAGGAGCUGGAGGAAGUAGUCCGCAACGAGAAGUCCUUCUACAAAUUCGUUGUCGGACUAAAAACUAAGACUAAAGUAGGGAACCGGAAUGAAAAUGGCAAUCGUCACGCCGGGCUGUUGUCCGCCGCUCGCCUCUUUCAUGAAAACUCCCUUUUCAUGAAGAAAGAUCAUCGACGGUGGACAUGGGAAUCGCCCAUUGACGCGACUCGUGCGGAGAUCGACCAGCACAAUUGGCUAUAUAACCUAUAUUGUUAUAUGGCGAAAGAUUCCCACACAUUGCAAAAAGGUGCUGUCGUCCAGCACAUCGCCAAAGCCCAUAACCUGAAAGGUCAACUGCCUGAAGGGAGCAUGGAAUCUUUGGCAACAACUAUUCGUUUCGUCACGCUGAACUGCCGAACACUAUCGAGUGAACUCCAACAAGCCGCUCUAUCCAGACCUCUGCGAUAUCUCUGUGUGCUUUUUGCUGCACUACAGGAAACACACAUGAGAGAUCGACUCGUCAUCAGCAUGAAAAAUUACACCAUAUACUGCGGUGAUGCUGAUGAGAACAAAGUAGGUGGCUGCGCGAUAACUGUGAGGAACGAUUACAAGAACCUGGUGGAGGAAUUUUGCCCAACGUCGUCUAGAGGCGCCUUUGUACGAAUGCGAGAUCGCAGAGGACGUAAACUCUGGAUCGUAAGUGCUCACACACCUACGGAAACCACUGAGGACAACAGUAAGGACGCCUUCUAUGAUGAACACAAUGCGUUGAUGUCUAAAAUACCAAGCCAGCAGAUGGUCAUUGUCGGAAUCAACGCAAAUGCGAAGAUGGGACUCGAACAGCAAUCCGAUGUGCUAGGAAAAUGGUACUAUGCAGCGGAGCGCACGUCGGACAACGGUGACCGUCUGGUCGACUUGUGCGAACAGACGGGCCUCAUCAUCGCUUCUACGUUUAAGAGGAAUCAUCGACGCCAUCAGCUCACGUGGCAGGGGUCAACACUUUUAACGCCUAAAGAACAGCGCAAGCGGAAGAUGAGGACUCUUAAACUUCAGCUGGACUACGUUCUAGCGAGGAACAUUCCUCAGUCAGAUAUCCGAAAAUCUAGAGCUGUUUGGGACGUCGCGUUCGACUCUGACCACCGUCGAGUUCUUCUCAGCCUCAAGAUACUGUUUCACAAGAGAAACCGAGGAGUUCCUCUUCAAUCGAAAAUCGACAUGGCAAGUCUGAAAGACGAUGAAUGCAGAAGAAAAUUCCGCCAACGUGUGUUUAUUCAUGUUGGAGUACGGACCAGGAAGAAGCUUAGCGAUGCGGAUUCCUUCACAAAGUGCAUCCAGGACGCUGCAAAGGAAACGCUCCCGGUUCUAUUGCCGCGGAAGAAGUUUGCCUUUGCAUCUGCGAAAGCAAAAUCCACAUACAAUUCUGUAUUUGUCGCGCGCAGCGCUGGUGACUUCAACCAGGAAAAGCGUCUUAGAAGGAAGCUUCGUCGUCAACUGCAAAAAGACCGCGAUAACGAGUGGACGUCAAGAGCGAUGGACACUGCUAAUGGGGUAGCUGUCGGUGAAGCAACCCUUCCAAUUUGGAAGGAACACUUCAAGACCUUGCUGAACCGGCUAGGACCGUCAGCUCCUGAACUCGAAUACGUUCAUAGACCGACAUAUGCGGUUAACGAGGAGCCACCGACCGAGUCGGAGAUCCUGGUCUGUAUUCAGAAAAUGAAGAAUGGAAAAUCUGGUGGAGACGACGGGAUUAGCGCAGAAAUGCUGAAAUAUCUUCCUCCGUCUGGGAUUCGUGAGAUGACAAAGAUCAUCCGUUCAAUAUGGAUAGACGAAAGGAUACCUGAUUCGUGGAGACACGCUAUCAUAAUUCCCCUCCACAAGAAGUUAUCCGUCACGGACCCCAGGAAUUAUCGAGAAAUCUCUUUGCUGCGUGUUAUGUACAAGCUAUUGGAGCGCAUUAUCCUGGACCGACUCAUUAAACAUCGCGAAGAAACAACGCGCGACGAGCAAGCUGGCUUUCGUCCUAGCCGAUCUACGAUUGACCAGCCGCGUUCGACUCUUCUCACCGAGGCUUCUCUUCUCGACGCGCUUCGCGCCGAUGGAGUACCAGGAAAGUUCGUUCGCUUGCUUGAUGACAUGAAUCAACGAACAAAUGCUGCACUUCGAACACCACCCGGAUGUACAACACCGUUUGAAGUGGUAACUGGAGUAAGACAACGGGCGGUGGCAGGACCUUUCCUGUUCAAUUUCGCAAUCGACGACAUUAUGCGAAGAACAGUCGAACAGUGUCCUGCCGACAUUGUCUUAGCACCAUCAGGGUGCCCCUUGACUGACCUCGCGUACGCCGACGAUGUUGUUAUAUUCGCGGAAAGCAGUACGAAACUUCAACAUGUUGUCAACCUUGUAUCGAAGCUGGCUGCAGCCUAUGGACUAAGCCUACGCCCUGAUAAAUGCAAGCAGAUGUGGAUCUCUUCGAGAUCUUGA